UUUCCUUUCUCACCCGGAAGUAGGAGAAUAGGCGACACAUACACACACGUGAGUACAGCACCAAAAUACUACCAUGGAGUUCGCAGAAGUAGAAGUAACCGAAGAAAACAUGGAUAAUGAGGAGGAAUCCGCCCAAAAUACUCCGAAAAAGAAAAAAGACAAGGGAAAGAAAGCGGCCAAAGGAAAGAAAUCACAAGAAGAAAUGGUGAAAAAGGAAGAGAAAGACACUGGCUCGAUGGACGCGGCACCUUCCACUGCUUUUCCACCAACAUUUAGCGUGUCCGAAAUCAAAAACAAACAACGGAGACACAUGAUGUUCAUGAAGUUAAAACAAGAGAAGAAAAAGCAAAGGUUAGAGAUCAGAAAGAAGAGAAAGAAGGAACGGGAAGCCCUUGGUGACAAGGCACCACCUAAAGAAGUCCCCAAAACCAUUGAAAAUCAGAGGAUACAUGAUGAAACCACCGUAGAUCCCCAGGAUGAAGAGGUUGCCUUUGAUGAGGGAACAGAUGAGUUCUCCGCCUACUUCAACCGUCUCACAAACCCCAAAGUUUUAAUCACCACGUCAGAUCGGCCCAAAACGAGGACUAUUCAGUUUUGUGAUCAGCUGGCGACUGUGAUCCCAGACGCACAUGUGUACUACAGAAGAGGCUUGGCUCUGAAGAAUGUUGUCCCUCAGUGUGUCUCCAGAGGGUUCACCUAUCUCAUGGUCAUCAACGAGGACAGAAAAGUGCCCAAUGGCAUGCUGCUUUGUCAUCUCCCAGAUGGGCCGACUGCUCACUUUAAAAUCAGCAACGUCAGACUACGCAAAGAGAUGAAACGUCGUGGGAAGGAGCCUACAGAGCACUCCCCGGAGGUCAUCCUGAACAACUUCACCACACGUCUGGGCCACAGCAUCGGCCGCCUCUUCGCCGCACUCUUCCCGCACGACCCGCACUUCGUGGGUCGGCAGGUGGCCACCUUCCACAACCAGCGAGACUUCAUCUUCUUCAGGUUUCACAGGUACAUCUUUAAGAAUGAGAAGAAGGUGGGAAUUCAAGAGUUGGGCCCACGUUUUACCCUAAAACUUCGCUCUCUUCAGAAGGGGACCUUUGACUCCAAGUUUGGGGAGUAUGAAUGGGUUCACAAGCGCCAUGAGAUGGAUACAAGUCGUAGGAAGUUCCACCUGUGAAGAUUCCAUGCCUGUGCAAUGUGCUCUCUCUCUCUCUCUCUCUCUCUCUCUCUCUCUCUCUCUCUCUCUCUCUCUCUCUCUCUCUCUCUCUCUCUCUCUCUCUCUCUCUCUCUCACACACACACACAUUAUUUUUGUUGUCCAAAAUGCCAAGGUUACAAUUCAUAUUUGACAAUAAAAAUGAAAUUGUUCUAAA